AAAAAAGUGAGGUUAGCUUGUGAACUCAAACUCGGAAAAAAAUUAAAAUUCCGUAUUUCUAAAUAAAAAUGUUACCUCCGGCUAGCGGCACAGGAAAGUAUUUUGCGAAGGCAGCUAAAUCUAUACGUUUGAUCCGCCAGGGGUGUACUAAUAGGCCAUUCUUUCACAUAUCUGUUACACAAAGAAGGAGACUUAACAGCCAACCAGUGAUUGAGCAACUUGGUUCAUAUGAUCCUAUGCCAAAUAUAAACAAUGAGAAAUUGGUAGCACUGAAUUUAGAAAGGAUAAAAUAUUGGCUUGGCAAAGGUGCUCAUGUGACACCACCAGUUGCAGAAAUACUUGGUCUAUCUGGUUUCUUCCCAAUCCACCCUAGAUCAUACAUGACAGCCUGGAGAAAUAGAAAAACCGAACAAGAGAAUAUUGCAAAACAAAUUGAAGCUGAAAAAGCUAAAGAAUCAACUGCUGCAUAAAAGAACUGGAGAGAAAUUUGUAUUAUACUGAAGUCAGUAGUCUCUGUUUAUCCAGAAUGGUAAAAUUUGUCAAACUGAUUUUGAUCUUAUUGUGUUUCACAUUAGAAACUAAUUAUUACGUUAAACUUUGUUAAUGGCUAACACAAGUCUUGAUUAACUCAUGAGCGGUUACCUACUGUAACAGUUGUUAAAUUU